UGAAGAAUGGCGUCAACGUACUCAUGUGGAUUUGGACAGGCGUGUUAGUAAAUAUGAUCGGAACUGUGGACAUGAGUGAUCAAAAAACUUUCAAUUUAUGAAGACCUAAUUUAAUGAAAUGGAAAAUCACCAAGGUAAUGCUGUCUUCCCUCAGUUGGCCACAGUGGACCACCCUAUAGUUGCAAUAGAUUUGGAGAGUGGACAUGAGGACAAGUCAGUCUGUGACAGAGAUAACAAUGUGAGAAAGAGUGUCAGAUGUAAGCGACCACCCCAGUCCUUCUCGCCAGGCCUAGAUGGCACUGUGGGUGAGCGCAAUGAAUCAAGUAAAACCAAGAAACAGAGGACAAAGUCAGCUACUGCACCAGACCGACCUUGUGAUCUCAUGCCAAAUGGUGAUCCUUUCCUGUGUGACCUGUGUAUGUCUCCCUACGUCAUCAACAGAUCACUCAAACGUUCUCUCAAAAACAAAAGGUCCAAACACAAUCCUGCUCCCCGUAACAAGAUGGACCCUCUCACAGGGAAGAUUCUGAUGCUGUGUAAUGCAUGUAGCAUAACUUUUGACAGACCACGAAAACCUAGAAAGAUAGUUCCAGUGCCAACAGCAGAAGAGAUGGAAAAAUAUCUGGAAGGUGCAAAACAUUUUGCUAAACACCUGGCUGAAAAAAUGAAUAGACCCGAGGCUGAAAGGUUAUACUGUCCAGUGGUCCGACCUAAGACAUGUGCAUGCUUACAAAGAUACAUCAGUGGUGAUGGGGACUCUGACGGGUUUGAUACACGAGCUAAAGCUAUGAUUGACUUGUUAAUGAAGGCCAAGGAACUCAGCUCAGAGAAGUGUUAUUCUAAGGACAUUGAGACAAAGAGAAAGAGGAUGGGUCCUAAAAAUCAAGGUAUAGGCAUAGGAAAUGGACAAAAGCGAUCCAAGGCGUUUGAAGAGUUCGUUCUCUCCCAGAGGACGUACCUCAAGAAUGAUAUAAAGCUGUGUGAGAGAGCUGUACAAAAGGUCCUGAUGUACUCCAACAACUUCCUCCACAAAAAACUUGUCACUGAAAAGAGUUUGUGUCGUGCUAAGCCUGUUAAUGGAAUGGCCAGGAAAGGCCUCCUACAGCCAUUUGAUACACUGCCCCAGACUCGGUGUUGUGUGGACAACUGUGUAAUGAUGGCAAUUACUCACAAGAAGCUGCUUCAGGAUUGGAGGAAUAGAUCUAACAAAGGCCAAUCAGAGCACAGGAGAGUUAUAGCCGAGAUGUUGACUCCAUCUGCUGGAGCAAGGACCAACUGUUACACAUUCAUCACCAUGGUUACGGGGUCAUCACGUAGCACAAUUGUCCAGGUGAGCCAUCAAAUGAAGCAAACAGGCGGCGAGAGGGAGCCACCUACUCACGGAAUGAAAAAGUUCUGGCAGUGCAACAGUCGCCGAAAAAGUACAGAGACGAUGAGUCCAACAAAAAAUUCCUCUAACUUGGGGAAAACUAGUAGCAGUACAACAUUCACUCAUUCUGUAGCACCACCUAUCUCUAAACAGAGUAUGACGGCAUCAUCCCACAAUUCUACAACAGCUUCAAACAUCAUCAUCCCUGUGUCUGUGAACUCUACCAGCUCUGGUGGAUCAAGUUUAACAGUACAGCGACAACAGCUUCUACAGAUACAGCAGCAGAUGUUUGAACAACAAGUGCAGCAGCAACAGCAACAGCAUCUUCUACAACAACAGCUUCUUCAGCACACCAUUAUGCAACAAAUCGGACAAGCAACUGACGGCAUGCCACAGAACCUUCCUAUGCUGCAGACUAUGAUCGAUCAAUUGAAUGUACAGAUUCAGAACACACAACAGCAGCUCCAGUUAUCUUUGAGAACCAUGAAUAUGAUUGGAUCACAGCCUGUUGGUAGUGGUGCCAUUGGAUCAACACAAAACAUGCUAACCAAUGCUGAAAACAGCAGUGUUAUAGAAACAACAUCUCGUGGAAAUUUUCUAGGUGUGGAGUCGGCACCAAAUACACAUUCAAACCUGAUACAGAUAUGUGGAACCCUGGAAACGGCUAAUCUUUCUCAACAGCAAUCAAGUGUCAUGGCAUCCAGUAACAUUGGUACACAUAUCCAGACAUCUGAUCAAGGAGGACUCGGUCAAACUACAAACCAGAUCUUAUCAACUCUCUCACCACAGGAUCAACAGUACUUGAAUCAGCUGUCACCUUCACAGAUGCAAGGACAAACACAUAGCCGUAUGAAUAAUUCACAAAACUAUUGCAAUAAUUUAUCACUGCAGAGCAACGGACAAACAAUCAUCCAAGUCCAGCAAUCACCAGCAAUUCCUUCAUCGCACCAUACACAAUAUGUCCAAACAUUCGUGCCAGGGUCACAGCUCAAUAAAGGUAGGGGGAAUUUGAAUGAUAACGGUUCAUUAGAACAGUUUGUUAUCCAAACUUAUCCCAGCACGAAUCAAUGUGUUCAGGAAAACCCUGCCAGAAGUUCACAGAAUAGUGUAUUGGUUCAACAGCUGAACGCCCCUGUAAAUCAAGGACCACGCCUUACAGUGCCUCCUUUACUUCUUGUCAACCAACAGCAGGUUGAUUGUGGUGAUGGUCUUCCAAGUGCAUCUCACCUAAGUAAAGAGUUGUAUGAUAUCCCAGAAAGUGGAUACCAGCAAAAUUCCACCCGUAUAGACACUGAACAUAGUUUAUUACAUACUCCUAUUUUAGAUCUUACCCCAAGUGUUGUGACACCAUUUGUAAGUGUACCUAGUCAGACAAUCACAGAAAGUACGCUUGGAACAGUGAGUGUGAUUGGUCAGACCGUCUCAGAAAACACCCUUAGAACAGUGAAUGUUAUUGGUCAGACUACCGCAGAAAACAUGCUUGGAACAGUAAAUACUAUUGGUCAGACUACCACAGAAAACAUGCUAGAAACUGUGAACGUCAUUGGUCAGGCUACCACAGAGAACAUGCUAGGAACAGUGAACGUCAUUGGUCAGACUACCACGGAAAACACGCUUGGAACAGUUAGCACCAUUGGUCAGACUAACACGGAAAACACGCUUGGAACAGUGAAUGUGAUUAAUCAGACAACCACAGAAAACACUGUUGGAACAGUGAAUGUGAUUGGGCAGACCAUUUCGGAGAACACCCUUAGAUCUGUGAACGUUCAUAACCAAACUACCACGGAAAACACGCUUGGAACAGUGAACUUAAUUGGUCAGACCGAAAGCAAUCCAGAGUCAAUGACUAUAGCUGAAAAUACUACAAUUGCAAGAAGUAUUCCGGGAACAAGCACAGUAACCACUAUUGAGUCGGUGACAAUGACUGCCCAGAACACUAAAGAAAGUGUGCUGGAAUCAGCAGCCACGACUGAUCAAAACGUCACAGACAGAACUCCAGAGCAAACGAUUGCGAGUGACACAUCCAAAGGACGUACAGAGGGGUUUACGAGUGUGUGUGGUCAGACCAACAAAGACAACUCUUCAAUUACCAUGAGUGGUGGUCAGACCAUGCUAGACAAUGCGUCAAUGAGUAUCGUUAGUCAGAGCAUCACAGGAAGUAGACCAGGAUCACCUUGUGUGGCUGCCGUAUCCUCAACCUGUGAGAACACUCAGUUAUGCAACAUUCCAGUCAAAAGCAGUUAUCAGUCGGUCGUUUGUUCUAGUCUUGUCACGUCAGUUUUGGCAGAGGAAAACAAUUCCUUUCCUGAUAGAACUACAAACAACAUUGGUUGUCAUAGUUAUACAGUAGCCUCAAACAUGCGUAUGUCGCAAACGUCAACAAACACCAAACCGGUAGUCACUAUCUUUCAUACGUCGCCUAAAAGUGCAUUCCACACUCCUCAGAAACUGGCAGUGGCUACCAGUAACUGCAGUACUGUCUGUACUCCUUCUACAAACAAAUCUCUACAAGUUGAAAAUGCACACACACAUAAUAUGCAAGUGACAAAUUCUCUGCCAGGAAAUUUGCACGAGAAUAUGAACAUUGAUGUUGUGCAUAAUACACGUGUGUCGAAUGUUUCUGUGACUUCACUGUCAACAAGUAAGUCACGUAGUAAAACGACACGGCGUAGUCGCACAACUAAGGUAACACAAAGCCGAUUCCCGACUUCUUCUGUAAGUGUUAUACCAUCUACGCCUUUGAACACGAGCACGUUUCUAUCAGUUCCAUUGAUUCAAGCGAUACCAAGAGGUAAAUCAAACACUUCACUCAGACAGCUACCAGCGUUUUCCGUUUCUCCUUCCCAGAAACAUCAAAACUGUGCACCUUUUCUACAUGCUAGUGAUUCGCAAACGCAUUCAUCUGUGUCAGAAUUCAAACAGCAUUUACAAGAGAAUGCUUUAAAUGAAAGUCAUGUGCGAAUUCAGCAUACUGCAGCGAAUGCUUAUUCAUCAACAAUUGAGAAAGAUAUACACCAUGCCACUCGUAAAUCAACAGACGUCAUAAGAACAGACCGAGCUAAAUCGGCGCCGUUAUCAUUAUCCUCACCUGGAUCUCGAAACAAAGGAACGGAUGAGCAGAAUUUAGUAUCCAGUUCUCAAGUAUCUCAAGACUCUGUGUAUUGCAAUGUACAGACUUCUAACAAUGGUCAUUCAACAAGUUCACAUGGCAAAAAUGCUUCUUCAUAUCCUUCUAAUCCUGUCGCGAGGCUUGCUACCCAAAGUCUUAUUGGUAAUACUGCAGAAAGCACGAGCCCGUAUUCGGUCAGUGUUGCAACACCGCUCGUGAAGACAGUGUCAAAUACUUCCCACCACGAGUUUCUUAAUGUUCCCGGACCGCAACUUCAGAACAAAGUUGGUUCUCUACAACAAAGUGGGAAAGAUACGCAUGUUCCAGAGACUAACUCUCAUCAACAACCACCAAAGAAGUUGUCAUUGGAAGGCAUUUCUACGUCAACUGUGCAUGUGGGGUCUCAGGAGACUCCUGUGAGUGAUAGUAUUCUUCCUAUAAAUUGUACACUCGUCAUCAAUCCCUCGCAGAAUCAGCGUGCUAUGGUAGGAACAGGACAGAAUCAGCCAAUCAUUGGCCAGAUUCAACCCAUGCUACCCAAUGUAACUACACAUACUCGGACACAGCUAUUAGUAGAAUCAAAGAACACUGGAGACCAACGAACUCAGUCGGCAGGAACUCUACCACAGUCGGCAACAACUCUACCAUUAGUGCCCAAUACUACCUUUACUAUUGAUUCUGACACGUUGAUGAGGUUAUGCCAACAGGCUUCAUUGCUACGUACACCAGUAGUCAGCGUGGAUAUGAACCCACAAGUCAGCAAGAAUUUGUAGCGUUGAUACAUUUAUAGUAAAGGUUCAUUUGAACUGAAGUCGAACAUUAUCACACAAUUGAAUAUAUUAAAUGAGCGUUUGAAUUGUAACAAUCAUGAUAACUGCACUGUUUUCUGAAAUUCAAUAAAUAUAUAUAUAUAGAUAUAUAUACAAAUGUAUUGAUAAAUGGUUUUUAAAUAUCAUUUUAGUUUUCACUGCUCGUUAUGAUAUUAAGUUAUGACACGGUAGUAUGUUUAUAUACAUGCAUUUCUGUUUAUAUUUACUUAUUUACAUAUACUUUUCGAUAAAUAUGUUAUAAGUUAUAAAGCAACAUAAUUACUUAUUUUCGGAAUAUUAUGAUUGUCCUAAUCACGUGACGUCUCGCAAAAAUAUGAAGAGGAUACUUAGUAUUGAUUUUUUUUUUAUUUCACUCCUGUUGCUUCUUUUGAUAUAUUUCACGUGUAAAAGAUACCGAAAUGUCAGUCACCCGUGUGAAUAAUUCAUUAUUAAAAGUAUUUGUUGAAUAUUUUUCUGCAAAUACAUGACAAGACAACAUUUGUCUAAAAUUUCUAAAGUUUCUCAAUGCUGAUAUGCUUCAUGUGGUUUCGACAGUCUCGUUUUGGUUUAGAUGUAAAUAUGUUUUUAUAGCAUUGAAAGAUUUUAUUUUAAAAAAUGUGAGUUAGAUACAAAAUUAAUUGAAACUGCAACAUGUAGAUGUUUGUAAAUAUUCCGGAGACGACCCAAGCCAAAAAAAA